UUUAAUGAAAGAAAAUGGGUAUGGAUUCAAGAUGAAAAAGAAGGCUAUGUCAAAGGACACGUCAUAAAAGAGGAAUCCAUGGACAAAGUGAUAAUAGAAUACGAAACAGGCACGGCUGCCGUACCCGCUUCCUUUAUACAACCCAUGAACCCACCCAAAUUUGACAUGGUGGACGAUAUGGCUGAAUUGACCUAUUUAAAUGAACCUUCCGUCAUCCACAACCUCACCGUGAGAUACAAAUCAGAUCAUAUUUAUACUUACUCGGGUCUUUUCUUGGUGGCCGUCAAUCCAUACCGACAUUUGCCCAUUUAUACCAACCAAUACAUUGAAUCCUACAAAGGCAGAAGACGGGGCGAAAUGCCUCCUCACAUUUAUGCAGUGGCAGAUCAAGCCUAUCAUGACAUGGUGCAAGAGAAAGAAAAUCAAUCCAUCUUGAUCACUGGUGAAUCGGGUGCAGGCAAAACAGAAAAUACAAAGAUUGUGAUUCAAUACCUUACCGCUGUUGCUUCCACCUCGACCAAAUUGACAGAACAACACAUUACCAAACUACAAAGUCAAAUUUUGCAAGCCAAUCCUAUUCUUGAAUCGUUUGGUAAUGCACAAACCAUCCGUAAUAAUAACUCUUCCAGAUUUGGUAAAUUUAUUCGUAUUGAAUUCAACAAUAGAGCUCAGAUUUGUGGUGCUAAUAUUGAAUGGUAUCUAUUGGAGAAAUCGCGUGUGCAUCAACAAACUGCAAAAGAACGAAAUUAUCAUAUUUUUUAUCAAUUAAUGGAAGCUGACCAUGAAGUGAAGCAGCAACUGUUAUUAGAAGGAGAUGCGGACGAUUACAACUUUAUCAAAAAUUCAAAUAGAAGAAUUGAAGGUGUAGAUGAUGCAAAAGAAUAUCAAAAACUAUCGAAAUCAUUAGAUAUCAUGGGCAUCGAAAAAGAAGAAAAAUUGGAUUUACUCCGAGUGGUGGCCGCCAUUCUUCAUCUCGGCAAUAUUUCCGUCACAGAUUAUCGCGACCGCGCCGACAUUCGCGAUAUUGCUCCUGUGGAACGUCUAUGUCAUCUCUUAGGUAUCUCGGCAGAAGACUUUAAAAAGAGUUUACUCGCACCGCGGAUUAAAGCCGGUAGAGAUUGGGUCACUCAAGCCAAGUCUCCUGCGCAGGUGAUUGCCAGUAUCGACGCGCUGGCCAAAACGCUCUAUGAACGCAACUUUGCUUAUCUUGUCGAAAGAAUCAAUAAAGCCAUUGACGGACAAAAAUCCAAAGAUAAAUUAGGUUUCAUCGGUGUUUUAGAUAUCGCAGGUUUUGAAAUAUUCGAGGUCAAUAGUUUUGAACAAUUAUGUAUCAAUUAUACCAAUGAAAAGCUCCAACAAUUUUUCAACCACAACAUGUUUGAAUUGGAACAAGAGGAAUAUCAAAAAGAAAAGAUUAAUUGGAGUUAUAUCGAUUUUGGUAAAGACCUUCAACCUACCAUUGAUCUUAUUGAAAAAUCAAACCCUGUGGGUAUUUUGUCUUGUUUGGAAGAAGAAUGCGUAGCACCGAGGGGAAGUGAUCAGCGUUUUUUGGAAAAACUCAACAAAUUUUGCGAUAAAGAAAACCCAGAAGAUGCCAAAUACAAAAGUACACGUUUCAAGGACGGCUUUAUAUUGAAACACUAUGCUGGCGAUGUAGAAUACUCGGUCGAUGGCUGGAUUGAAAAAAACAAAGACCCUCUCAACGAAGAUGUCACACGCUUGCUGGCAAAGUCCAGUCAAAAGCAUGUCGCUCAGCUCUUUGAAGAUUAUCUAUCCGAUCAGAGAGAUGAAAAGACGUCUGGUCUAGGAAAAGGCAGUGGGUCUUUUAGAACCGUCGGACAGCGUCAUAAACAACAACUCCUUUCCUUAAUGAACACACUUUACAUGACCCACCCUCAUUUUGUGCGUUGCAUUUUGCCGAAUAAUCGCAAACAUCCCGGUGAAAUUCAGACAAAACUCGUGCUGGAUCAGCUCAGGUGCAAUGGUGUUUUGGAAGGUAUUCGUAUUUGUAGAAAGGGCUUUCCCAAUCGUCUUUCCUUUAAUGAGUUUAGAAAAAGAUAUCAAGUCCUCUGCCCUGAACUCUCCGAUCGUAAAUCCUUUAUCGAUGGAAGAACAGCCUGUCAAAUGCUCAUCAAAGAAAUGAAUUUGGAGCCUGACAAGUAUCAAAUUGGUACUUCAAAAAUCUUUUUCAAAGCGUCUGUGCUUGCCACCUUGGAAGAACUUCGGGACAACAAACUCAGUGCCUACAUUACAAAAUUCCAAGCCAUGUGCCGUGGACUCUUGUCGCGUCAGUACCAAACAAGGUUUUCUCGACAGACAGAAGCCAUCCGUAUCAUUCAGCGAAAUGCACGUAUCUAUAUCAGCCUAAAGGAAUGGCCCUGGUGGAAAAUCUACGCCAAGCUAAAACCCCUCAAUGCUGCCUAUCGCAUCGACACCCAACUACGAGAAAAGGAACAAAAGAUUGCUGCUUUGGAAAACGAACUCAAAGAACAGCAUGACGUGAUCACGGAGCUCGUGACACGGAACAACGAGCUGGAAGAAGAACAUCAAGAUUUCAAAGAUCUCAUCAUGGAAGAGCAACAUAUCAUUCGCGAACUCGAGGAAAGCAAAAGCGAUGCCCUGCACAAGUUUGCACUGGCGGAAGAACGUGUGGAAGAACUUGAAAAGCAGCUGCGGGAGAAAACCGAACAACUCGAGGCACAGCAAAAGACCAUCGAUGCACAGAUGGAAAAGAUGACCCAUUUGGAUACCCAGAACGAUACACUGCAAAAACGUAUAGAAACAUUGGAAAAGGAGUUG